GGCUCCGUCAGCAGGAGGGCACGUCGCCAUCAGGACAGGGAGGGCGAACCCGCCAGCGCGGCGGCAGCCAUUCAUUCCCCGGACCAGCACGGCGAGGACAGCGCAGGGCUUCCCCACACGGCGCGUCGGGCGGGAUGGCGACGGCGACGGCCGCCGCGCGCCACAAGCUGGCAGGGAAACCAGAACCGUGCUGCGCUGCUAAUAACUCUACGCGUGUCAAUGUCCUGCUUCCCCAAGAGCCCAGGCGGCCUCCAGCUCCCAGCCCAGCUGAUGCCUGCCCCAUGGCGCCGCGAGGCAGCGAAUCCCCGCGCGCCCGCCGGGCCCUGACCGUCGCCGCCGCCCUCCUCGCCCAGCUGCUCCUCUCCUCGCUUCCCCUGACCGACGCUGCGGCCGGCUCGCCGUCUCCGGCCCCCGCGCCGGCGCCGCUCCCCCUCCCGCCCCCACCGCGCCAGCAGCAGCAGCACGCUGCGCCCGGGAGCGGCGACGAGCCCCGCUCCCCGCUGCCACCGGUGCCGGGACUCCCGGGAGCGAGCCGUCCCCCUCCUCGCGCGGGCCCUCCAGCCGAGAAGUCAGCGUGGCAGCGGCUCAACUUCGGCGAGAGGUUCGGGAUCGCGCUCGCCGGCGUGGCCGUCGCAAUGCAGGUGGCGCUCGGCGCGUUCCUGUGCGCGCGCGCGCGGCAGCUGCGCCGUGCGGCGGCCCCGGGCAAGGCCGAGGAGCAGGAGCUGGUGGAGGCGGCGGCUGCGUCGCCGCCGCCGCCGGCGUAA